AUUUCCUUCGUUGACACUGCAGGGAAACAUGGUUUCAAUCAAACGGUAUGAAAUUAUCUCUUUCGUCAUUGCUGCUUUCUUUUUUUUAUCCGGUCUUAGUAUGUGGAUAGCUUUUUGGCCAAUUUUCAAUUCUGAGUUACGGAGUAAUUACAAACUAGGAGCAAAUGAUGACGGGUCCUUACAUUAUGCCGCAUUUUUAUAUGCAAAUCCACCAAUGAAAAAUGUUAUGAAGUUCAAUUUAUUUAAUGUCACAAAUCCUGAUGAAGUUAAGUACCUUGGUGCAAAACCGGAACUUAUUGAGGUUGGCGGCUACGCGUUCUUAGAAUCCGAGCAGAAGAAAUACUACGAGUUUAGUAGUGACAAAACUAAAAUGUUCUACCAAAACUAUAAACAAUAUCACUAUAGCGAAGUAGAUAAUGAUGCGGGAUACAAUUACAAUGAUAAAAUCAUGUUUCCUAACUCAAUAGCCGAGGGAGCAGUUUCAACAGUAUUUGGACCACAAUCAGAGUUUAGUCCCACGGCAAAAAUCCUUGUUUCAAUUGGCCUAGUUAUGCUUGGGGAAUACCCUUUCAUCUCAAAAACAGUGAAAGAUGUGUUGAUGGAUGGGUAUGAAGACCCAUUGCUGAGUGUUGCACAUUCCGGGAUUUUCAUAUCACUUGUAAAUUUCUACGGUUAUGGGAGUCAGUUAAAUUAUAUACCGGAGAUGAAAACAUUUGCAUAUCUUUCUGGGUACAAUAAUUCAUACGACGAAAAUUACUGGAUAAACACAGGAUACAAUGAUUUUAACAAACUGGGUUUUGUGGAAAGUUGGGCAGGAUUGGAGCAACUACCAGCAUCUUUUUGGCCAACGCUUGAAGCUAGACAAAUCAAAGGCCCAGAUUCUGGAAGUUUAUCUAAAAUCCAUCUCACAAAAACUGAUGAACUGCCGUUUUUCUUAUCUUUUAUGUGCCGGUCAUUCAAGCGAACUUAUUGGCAAGAUGGAUUGGUAGAUGGUAUAAAGACCAUGGCAUUUGCAGUUCCUUAUGAGGAGUUUGAUACGACUUUGGAAAAAAACGCGGGAUUUCGAUACAAGAAUCAGGAGAAUGUAGAUUACUUCCCAGAUUGGUGUGAUAAGAACACAACUACUUCAUUGUCACAAUGCCAAAAAACGGCAAACGGUACUUUUCUUUUGCCGCCUGGAAUUUUCCCACUCGUCUGUUAUCCGGGUCAUAAUGCGCAGCCGCCAUUUACAGUUCUAGUGUCACCCCCGCACUUUUUAUACUCUCCUCCCGAAGUUCAGCAUCAUCUUUCUGGGAUGAACCCAGAUCCAGAAAAGCAUAAACCAAUGGUUUUUCACCAAGAAAAAACCUCUGGCACCGCUUUGCAAGUCGACGUUAGAUUCCAAGUGAACUUACCGGUUGUGAACAACAAAGGAUCAAUAAUGUCAUCACAAAUGCCCAAUGUGAUCAUUCCGUUGUUUUAUGAGGACUCACAUGCUCUGGUCAAAGACUUUGUAAUGGACACUGUUUGGCUCGGAGUUAUCAUUGUUCCCAGGAUUAUUGAAUAUUUGAAAUUUGUAUUGAUUUUUAUAUCCAUUUGCAUACUGACAACACUUUUAGUUAUACGGGUCAGAGUCAAGGGAACGGUGUCAGUCGUCUGAUAAAAAGCGUUUAUUAUUACCAUUCAAUGUACAAUAAUAACUUUUUUCAUGAAAAAAUAAAGGUUCAAUAAAGAGUCGCAGCUACUAUU